AUGUCAACAACUUUACAGAUUUGCAUCCUCUCGGUCUUAAUAAACGUCAUUAAGAAUCAAAAUUAUGCAUUAUCAGAAUGGCAAUAUUAUUCAUCAGAAUUAGUUGAUAAUACUUUUCCUUCCACUGGUUGGAAUGCUAUACCUCCUUUUUAUACUUGCGAUUCUAUCGUACCUCCUUUUUAAUAAUUCUAUGAUUUCACUGGGUAACCUUGGGCCAGAUCUUUUGAUCUAACACAAGAAAGAGGAUAUUCAUAAGUAAGAAUAAUUUUUGAUUUAUAUAUUUUUUAAUACCCUCAAGAUUCCAUUUUAAAUAUGCCUUUCCUUUUUAAAUUUGAUGGAAAUAUAAUCCCUUUUGAUGUUGAUUUAUUUAUUCAAUAAAAUUUAGACUUAAAUUUUACCUAUUGUAAUUCAAGAGCAUUUAAGGAUUUGAAAUUUUUUUCGGACUUUUAGAUAAACAUACCAUUAAACACUGUAAAUUUUAAUCAUUAUUUUGAAAUACGACCCCUAGAUAUUACUACUCAAUUUUCAAUAAAAAAUUUUUUUAUUUUCAUAAACAAAUGCUCUAUAAACUGUUUGCAAUGUGAAGUCGAGAAGUUCUGCACAGUUUGUAAGCCAAAUUUUUAAUUAUUGUCAAAUGUUUGCCGUUGUUCUUAUCCGAAACCCUUUAAUUUUAAUAAUGAUUGCAUUGAUUCCUGUCCUUUAGGUUAUUUUGAUUUUUAUGAAAAUAUUUGCAAAACUUAUGCAAGCAAAUCGACUUUAUUUUUGGAUGAUGUUAAUCAGAACUAAAUAAAAUAUGAUUAUAUAAAGGAUACCUUGUCUAAUAUUUUUUAUAAAUCAUCAACUUAUGAAGCAGAUUAAGAUGUGCAGGGGCCUUUUAGAUUUAAUGAUAAAAUACAAUAUUCGCUUAGAAAAUAAUCAAUCACAAGCAUUUUAGAAUUAGAAAUCACAUUGUAUCUUUUCGGAGAAAUAGCUGUAAUUAUCUUGAUUCAUGAUUUAGGAUUUGUCAAAAUUGAUAAUUGAAGUGAAUAAUUAUAGAAUCGGAACUAUCACUACUCAAUUAGUAAUCUCCUAAAUGUUUGCGAGAUUUGGUCUAAUCAAAUCUGUUUUGGAUUGUUCACGUAUUGGAUUUUCAAGUUGCAAGAAAAUUUAAUUUUACACAACACUCUAAACCUUUUUUGAAUAGGAUAUUGUAAUAGGAAUACAAUCUUAAUUUAAGUAUGAAUUGAGAUUGUUAUCAUAGCAUAUUUGAUCCCCUCUAAGCUUGGGGAAUAGAUUAGAUCAUAGUGAAUGAAAUUGAACCUGCAAUAUAAUUGCCUUUAGUUUGUGCCCUUUGGUAUUAAGGUAAUUGCAUCAAUUAAUGUCCUUCUUAUUCAACCUAAAAUGGAAAUGUAUGCGAAGAUUAUGGCAGUAUCUUUAAGAAUCCACAAUAUAUACUAAAAGAGUUUUAUCCUAAUAAUCUUAUCAGUACUAAAUAAAUGCAACUCAUAAAUAUUUAGAAAUUAGUAUGGUAUCAAUUUGAAAAUCGAUAUCUUUAUAUGUUUAAUACUAAAAUAAAUGGUGGUAUUUAUUAGCAAAGAUUUCACAUUAAAGCAAAUCAUCGAAAAUUGAGAUUAAUGAUUUCAGUAUUAUUAAUUGAUUGGCAGAAUAACUCAUAGGAUUAUUUUUUUGAAAUAGUUGCUGGUUUAGGUCUUAACUAGUAACGACAUAAAUUUUAUGCUGAUUCAUUGCAUCAGUUUACAAGUUAUCAACUAAAUUAAGAAUUUCCUGAUUAUAUCUAUCGUAAUUACACAAUGGAUUUUUUUCACUCCUUGAAUACAUUCAGUUUAGAAUUCAGAUGUUUUUCACCAUUUGAUGGAUACUGUUCAUUCUUUGAUUAUUUUAUAAUAAUUGAAAAGGUUAAAAUGUUGUUUAAUUUUAGUGCGAUCAUGGAUGUAAAGAAUGUGAUUCAAAUGGAGUCUGUUAGAAGUAUGAAGAGGAUUUUGAAAAUCAAAUUAGUUACCAAUUUAACAACUACCAAUGUUUGGAUGGUUACUAUUAUAAUAAUGAAUAAUGUUAUAAAUGUGUCUUCGGUUGUGGUAAAUGCAAUAUAAUAGUUUGUUUGUAAUGCAAAGAUGGUUUUGAAAUGAAAGAAGGAAAGUGCUUUUGUUAGGGUACUUAAUCUAAUGAGACAUGUCAGAAAUUAAAAUAAUGUCCUAAAUAAUGUUUAACAUGUGAACUUCAUCAUCCAAAUUGUGAUUCAUGUGAUCUCAACUAAUUGAAAGUCCUAAAUAUGAAUACAUGUGUAUGCAUGAAUGGCUAUUAUCUCAACCAAGAUCUUGAGUGUAUUCUAUGCAAUUCAAAAUGUAUCACUUGUAACGGAUAUGAGUCAUGUACAAGUUGUAAUAGUCUAACUAAUAGAGAAUUAUUUCAAAAUAUGUGCGAAUGUAAAUAAGGCUAUUUUGACAGUGUUGAGACCAUUUAUUGUCAAAAAUGCCAUCAUUUAUGUGUUAAUUGUUACUAUGAAUAUGAUCGUUGUACUGAGUGUGAUACUCAAUAAUUUAGAUAAUUGUCUAAAGGUAAAUGUGCAUGCUAAAUUGGAUAUUAUGAAGAUAACCAACAAAUAUGUUAGUAGUGUAAUCCAAAUUGUUACACUUGCGAAUAAGAUUAAAUUUGUCUAAGCUGUGAUAUCACAUUGAACAGAGUUAUAAACAAACAACAAAUUUGCAUAUGCAAUUAAGGGUAUUUUGAAAAUAACACAAAUUAAUGUUAACAAUGUCAUUAUUCAUGCAUAUAUUGUAAUUAAUCUGAAGAAUUUAAUUAAUGUACUACUUGUCCAAUUUCUCGUAUUAAAUCAUCUGAUAAAAUGAAUUCAUUUGAAUGUAAAUGUAGAAAAGGAUAUUUUGAUAUUGGAGUAUUAGAAUGCAUCAGUUGUAAGCCAUAUAAAAAUAUAAAUGCUUCACAUCCUUGUUAUUCAUAAUGUGGAGAUAACAUAUUGCAAUGGAAUGAAGAAUGCGAUGAUGGAAACAAUGACUCCAGAGAUGGUUGUGUCGAUUGUUAUUUCUCUACUGAUAGAUGCAGUCCUAGUAUUUGCAAGAAGUGCUAUUAAGGUUACUGUUCAGUUUGUAAUGAUGGAUACUAUUUAAAUGGAUACAAUGAGUGCUAACAAUGCUCCUAAAGUUGUCUUACCUGUAUCACUUCUCCGCAAAAUUGUCUAUAAUGUAGAUUCACAUUAGAAGAUAAGACUUGCAAGAUGUGUGAAUAAGAAUUUGGAUUAUAAAUAAAGGAUGAUAAAUGCACAGCUGUCUGUGGUGAUAAUAUAUUCGUUGAUAUUGAAUAAUGCGAUGAUGGUAAUAUCAUUGAUGGAGAUGGGUGCAAUUCUUAGUGUAAAGUAGAGGAAGGAUUCAUAUGCAAUCCAACUUGCGUCGUUAUCAAUCCGAUUAAUUUUAUGUUGAAAUCUGAUCCCAAAGAUAAGUAUUUCAAUAGUAAGAGAUACUGUUACUUAGAUUUCAAUUAAGAUGUAGUCAUUGAUGGUAAUUUAUCUUCCAUGAUCAAUCUGUAAUUUAAUAAUUCAUUAAUUGAAUACAAUUCAAAUAUCACAUAGUUGAAUCCUCAAUCUCUGUUAAUUGAGAUCAAAUUUUUGAACAAUGCAGAAAAUCCUGUUGUUUAGAUUCAAAUUUCUACUCCAUAAAAAAUUAAAAAUUAUUAAGGGGCAUUUUUGGAAAAUAAUAUUUAAACUAUCUAACUUCUACCUUAUAUGUAACAAAGUGAAGGUACUAAGUCAGCCACAAAUAGUUCAUCUAAUUUUGCUUAUUUUAUUAUGGUAUUUCUAUUGAGUUUAGCUGGUUUUUCGUUUAUUACUGGUGGAUUGAAUAUAUUUUUUAACUUGUUGGAUUCAAUUUAAAUGUUAGCCUAUUUAAAAUACUUAAACAUUAUUUUCCCUUACAAUGUGUAGAUUUAUUUCGAAACCUUUGGAUUCGCUGAAUUUGAUUUUUUAAAAGAGUAUAUAUCAGUUCAAUUAACAAUUCUUGAUUUUGAUUUUAAAAUAUCAGAAAAUCAGCCGGAUCAGAAAUUUGCAGAAGAAGGAUACUCUUCUUUAUUUGUCAUAAACAUACUUAGUGUUUUGAGUGUAUUUGCUAUUACUUACUGCACUUUCAUGCUUUCCAUAAUACUCAAUAAAAUAUGCAAUUACUAUAUAACCUAUAUCCAUAAUAAAAUCUAAGAUGAUAUUUAUUUCAUCCUAGGUAUAUUUGAAUACUAUCUCUAUGUUGCAGCAAAGCAUCUAUUAUCCCUAUCUGGUAUUUAUACUACUCAUAUCCACAAUAAUAUAAUUAGAACUCUUUUGACUGUUGCAAUGGAUUUUAAUAUGGCGAUGUUUUUAUAAUUGAAGACGUAUCAAGAUGAUAUGAGGUUUAGUUACUAUUUGAGCGUAAUCGCUUUUAUUGCUCAUCUAUUAUUCAUUUAUUAUGGCUUAAAUGCAUUAUCUAAAAAGUAGUAUGAAUUUGUUACUAAAGCAUAUAAACAGAAACAUGAAUCGUUUUUAGAAGGCAAUCCAGAAAUGCAUUAGAAUUAAUUCGUAAAAUAUUACAAUCUAGCGAUCCUCAUUAAAAAAAUGAUGUUCAUGUUUUCCUUAAUAUUUCUAUACCAUUGUCCUUUCUUUCAAAUUUUGAUGUCGUCUAUUUAGAAUAUCAUUUUUAUUGGAUACAUCAUACUUAUCAAGCCUUUGAAAGACAUUAAUGAAUUCUAUAAGGUGAUUUUGACUGAGUGUAUUUUGUGGUUGGAAUAAUUGUUUAUCCUCUUAAUUUAUUAUAUUUAAUCAGGAACCAAUUAAUUGGAACAAUCUUAAAUUUCAAAUAUGGAAAUCUUGGGAUGGGUUAUUAUUGGAUUAUCAGUUGUUAUGCUCUUAAUCUAGUUUUUGAUUGAUAUUAAACAGCAUGCUUAUUUUCUAUAUCAAUAGUAUUCAUUCAUUUAGAGGAUGUUUAAGUUUAUUAAUCUGGUCUUCAAUAAAUAAGAAUAAUAAACUGACUAGAUAGCAGAGGAACUAAUAAAGGAGGAAAAAAACAUAAAGUCGAAAACUAAAAUAAUUACUUAUCAAUUCACAAUAGAGAGAAAAAUUUAUGAAAUAUGA